AUGGCCAUCGAGGUGUUCGGCGUCUUUGCCACGCCCACCCUACGCAAUCAGCUGAUUGCCAAUACUGUGCUGGUGGCCAUGGCCACCAUCAUGGUCGGGUUGCGUUGUGUCUCGCGCCGAAUGCAGCACAGUGCCAUCUGGUGGGACGACGUCUGUGCCAUUGCCUGUCUGAUCCACACGUACGGCUUGCUGGCUCUGGAAUUCGUGUAUGCCCGCAUCGGAAUGGACCGUGAUGUGCUUGAUAUUCCGGUGCAAAACAUCUCUCUCAUCUUCAAGCUUAUGGUCCUCUAUGAAAUCCUCUACUACGGCGCCACGCUGCUCGCCAAGCUCGCCUACCUCCUGCUAUACAUCCGCAUCUUCGUCACCCGCGCGUUCCGCAUCGCCUCGUGGGUGUGCGUGGGCUGCGCCAUCUGUUACUGGCUCGGCAGCAUGCUGCAGGUCUUCCUGCUCUGCAAGCCCUUCUCCUUCAUCUGGGACCGCUCCAUCCCGAAUGGCCACUGCGCCAGCAUCGAAGUCGCAUUCACCGCGAUCGGCGUGUGCAAUCUGGUCACCGACGUGAUGAUCCUCGCGCUGCCCCUCAAUUUCGUCUAUCGAUUACACAUGAGCAAGGCGGCCAAGCUUGGCAUCUACGCUAUCUUCGGUGUCGGGUUCUUUGUCUCUGCCAUCUCCGCCAUCCGCAUCGACGUCAUCACCAACAUCAACGUCAACAAUCUCUCCGAGUCAAUGACUUGGGCCGUCUUCUGGAGCGUCACCGAGCCCGUCGUCGCCGUCUCCAACUCGUGUCUCCCCAUGCUCCGCCCCAUCCUGCAGCUCAUGUUUCCGCGACAACCUCGCUCCCGCCAGCCCGGCUCUUCGUAUCCCUCCCGCCACUGUCGGGCAGGCUCCGGGGCAGCAGGCGCAGCCAGCAACGAUACCGGACCAGACGAGAUCCCGCUCACGCUGGUCGACGAGGAGGAUUUCGUCGACGCGGCCUUUUGCCGCACGCCGAGCCUGUUUCUAUCGCCGAGCCCGGAACCCAUUCCUGCGAAAUCGAUCCCAUGA